AUGGGAGAUAAUCCAUCACCUGCAUCCCUAACUCCGAGUCAGGCCUUGAAUGCCAAUGCUGCCUCCUUUAAUCCCAAUGGUAACAGCGGGAAUAAUGGCAAUAACAAUAGUAACGCCAACAACAACAACAACAAGAAUAAACGACGAAACAAUCGUCGUCGUAACAAUCGAAAGCCAAACAACAACGCCACCGCCAACUCGCAAGAAAAGCAAGAAGGAGAAAACAAUGCUAGCUCCAAUGCGUCAACAGGUCAAGCGCAAGCGCAAGGGCAAGGGAAGCGACGUCAGAGAGGAAAACAAGGCAAUCAAUCCAAUGCCAAUACUGAAUCAUCUUCUAAUGCUCCACAAGAGGGUAACCAACAGAAUAAGCAAGCCAAGCAAGGAAAAGCAAAGAACAACCGAAACAGAAAAAACAACCGAAAAGGCCAAAAGAAGUACCCUUGGAGAAAAUUCAUUCCCAAAGAUACCAUGGAUCCCAUUACGUUGGAGAAUUUGAUUUCGUUGGAGUACCCACCAUUUGCACUGGUCGCUACCGAGCCUUACACGCCCGUUCCAGUAUGGCCACUUGCUACUCAAAGCAUUGGCAAUUCAUCUGAAGGUCAAACUACGGGAUCUGCAGCAAAGACGGAAAGUGUGGAAGAAGUCAAUCGCAAACGUUUGCAAGAACAAUGGGGGAGUUCGGUUCUGCCAUCCGAAGCUCGAGGAGGAGAGCAAGGAAAAGAAGAAGGCAUGCCUUUGGAGAAACGUCACUUGCAUUUAUAUGAUGGUAGAGCACUAGCCUACUAUCUCGUGUCACAGUUGCAAUUCAUUGAUCCGUUAAAUCGGCGCGACUUGACGAGGCCUGAACUUUUGAACUUGGAUGCAUACUUAAAACGGCAUGGCUUCAAUGACAUGAGUGUCACGGAAGCCUACGAUGCCAAGGGAAUCACUUUAAGUUCGGCUGGUGCGGCGGCGAGCACUGCCGAGGGACGUGCCGAAAUCAUGCAACAGAUUGCCACCAACCUGUUGAAUGCUUUGUUUGGCGGUCAGUCCGUUUCGGCACCAACUACAACAACGAGGGCUCAACCGUCCGCGUUGCAAGAACAAUAUGCAGCCUUGCGCCGUCAAGAAGAGGAUGCUCGUCAGAGUCAACAAACAUUGCCAUUUGCUUCGGAUAAUCCAUUUGAUUCUGGCAUUUAUGGUUUCGAAGAUGGUGGCGUCAUGGUCGUGGACGAUGAUGAGAACCCAGGUCUUCGAGGGGAUGGGGAUCAUACAGCUGCAAUGCAGGCAGCACAGGCCAGACACCAAUAUGCUGCUGCCCAGGCCCAGGGGCAAACACAACAAUCACAUCCAUUCUAUUCUGCCAGACACAUUGCCGACCGGUAUGGAGACGGAAGAUCCAUGAAUACCACGGAUGCAUUCCCUGCCCUUCCUCCUGCCCCUGCUCCUUCGCAAGCUUCCAACAACAACAAGGCAGGAGUCAGUCGGAACCGAAAUGGAAUCCGCAGUGUCAGCAAGCCUGCACCAGUGUUCAAGACUCUCUCUCGCAUCACUGGAGCUGUCAAGAAAACGGACCCCGAGGAAAUGCAACGUCAAUGGGAAGCGCGAGAAGAGGCUCGCCGGAAAGCAAUUUUAUCCAAUCUCUCUUUUGGGACAAACGCUACAGCGGCAGCAAUGCAAGAUUUGCCACAGCCUCCGCCAACAGCAGGACAAGCACCUGUCACUGGUACCGAGGCCCAGCUUUCUCGGAAUCGGGCUUUUGCCGAAGCCUUGGGAGUCAAGCCAGCGACGGUUCGCAAUCAGUUCAGUUCGGGGUGGGCUCGACCUACAGACACCAGGCUGAGCAUUGAUGAAUUUGGCAACGAAUUGAAUGCAGCACUUUAUCCAGACAGCUUGAUUCUCGAAGCACGGGAGCGUAUGCCGCUAGUCUUGAAGGUGGAAAAGAAGUGGAAGGCUUUCCUUGCCGAUGAUUCUGCCGCAUCACUGCCAUUGAAUGCAAUGGAUCGACCAGCGAGGAAAUUCGUUCACCACUAUUCCGACUUUUGGAAGCUUCGAACUGAAAGUUUUGACCCAGAGCCGAAGCGAUACAUUCACUGUGUCAAAAUGGUCGACACUGUCAUGCCGCAUCCUCUUUUGUCGCAUGCUGUGCGCAACUGGCGGGGACCUACCAUGCAAACCAUAACGACGCAAUCAGACCAUGCGGUGCAACAGACUGCCGGACAAACAUCUUCGGAGGAAGUCAAGAGUAGUCUUCCACCGGAAGGCGAAGCUGUAGCUGCUCUUGAUGCACUGCAGAACUCGAGAUUUGACGCUCUAUCGUCCGAGCCAAAAGAAAGAACCAAACUUGACUUGGCCAAACGUUCCGUUCCAUUGGAGUUGGCUCCUUUUGAACCACAGAAGGAGUACAGCCUGGCGGACGAUUUGAAGAAGUCUGAGGAACGUCUCAAGGAGAAGAAACAGAAAGCACGAGAGGCAGCAAAACGACAUCAGAAAGCUUUGGCGGCUGCAUUUGCAAGCGAUUCGGAAGAUGAAAGAGAAGACAGCGAAGACGAGUGGCAAGAAACAGCCCCAGUCUUUGUUGGAGAAGAGGAUGAGUAA